AUGAUGAAUCCCUCUGAUAUAGCGAGUGGAAACUUACAGCAUUACACAAACACCAACAGCUCUGAUGAAUGGGAGCAACAACUGAUAGGUGAACACAAUAACGACAAUUCCACACAUCUACCGUUUGCAUUUCAAGCACAAUCUUUCAAUAACACACAAGGCUUGUUGGAGACAUUGGACGAAGCAGUACCCACUGUAGUACCUACAAGCUUCCCAACUUCGACAACGCCAGGGAACCACUUCCAACCUCAAAUACAACCUACACCUCAGCUACCGAGCCAAAUGUAUCUGGAGGCAGUGCCGGCAAACAAUCAAAGAAGAAGCUCUUCAACCAAUCCCUCAGCUCAACUUAAUUUAUAUUUGACGACCUCCAAUCAUAAACAUCAACGACGGUCUUCCACACAUUCAUCACCAAAGCCUAAACGAACUAGAAAAAACAGACCGGGUAAAAGAUUCGGUGCUAAGAAGCGGUCUUGGGUAUGGCCCUGGUUCAAACAGGAUGCCAGAAAUUCAAAUAUUGCUGUUUGUAAUAGUUGUAUGCGAGCUAUUGUGCGUGUACCAUCUGAUAAAGGGUCACCGAAAAAGUUAGUUGAGCAUUUAAGAACCCAUGGUAUUACUGCUGGGUCAAGAAAAAGUUCUGCUGGGAAACGUGCAAAUAGGGACCACAACCAACAAUAUUCAGGAGAUCGACUGACAGGACAGGAUAAUACGAGCUACACGGAUCAACCCUAUAAUUUCGAAAGACAGGCGCCACCGAUUGGAAGGACCGAUAAUUUUGACAACGCAUUAGCGGGUCAACAUAUUCCUCCCCUUCGAAGCAAUCAGUCUCGAAUAAGGCUUUUCCAGCAUCAUUUGUUGUCGUUCCUUAUCGUGAAUAGACUACCAAUUAAUGUUAUCAGAUCCAGGGAAUUUUAUCAAGUUGUACAGGACUUAAGGUCAGAAGCAGUACAUGAACUACAAGAAGUGUUAUAUUUGUACGAUUCCAUAAUUCAAGUGAGCCAGUUUGGUCCCGACACUCAAGCAUUCGCGACUACUGAAGAGAAUGCAACAAUGGCAUUACUAGCUGGUUUCCUACAAAGAUAG